GAGGCACUGGCUCGAUUCAGCUGUCCCAAGAUUUCCGCCAGGAAUCGAGUGAGCGGAACAGCGUGAAAAAAGCGCGCUGUUCCAGCCUUCAGUCACGUGCCCUUACGCUGCCGCGGGGGGACGCGGGGAAGAGCAUCUCCGGAGCAGGUUACUAAGUAACGGGUGACCCACUCGGUUCCUCCAUCCCCGCUGCAACUUUCCUGCGCUGGGGUCUCGGAGCGGCUGAAGGGCAGCAUUUUUGACUGCAUACCAUGGCAACAGGAGGUGGUCCUUUUGAGGAAGGCAUGAAUGAUCAGGACUUGCCUAGCUGGGGCAAUGAGAGCUUUGAUGACCGGCUGAACAAUACGGACUGGGGGGGUCAACAGAAGAAAGCAAACAGGUCUUCAGAGAAAAACAAGAAAAAAUUUGGUGGGGAAGGUGAAACAAGGCUUACUAAUGACAUAUCUCCAGAGUCCUCACCCGGAAUGGGACGGCGGAAGACAAGGACUCUUCAUAGUUUUCCUCACACUAGAUAUAUGACUCAGAUGUCUGUUCCAGAGCAGGCAGAAUUAGAAAGGCUUAAACAAAGAAUAAACUUCAGUGAUCUGGAUCAGAGGAGCAUUGGAAGUGAUUCUCAAGGCAGAGCAACAGCUGCUAACAACAAGCGUCUGCUUAAUGAAACCCGAAAACCAUUCAACUUCCUAUCACUGCAGAUUAACACUAACAAAAGCAAGGAUGCUGCUACAAGCCCUCAAAAAAAAGAAACUGGUGGAUCAUCACAAUGUAAAGAGUUAUUUGCAUCUGCUCUAAGUAAAGACUUUUUGCAAAAUUGUCAGGUGUCUGUUCAAGAAGAUGGAAGAGGAGAACCUGCUAUGGAUAGUAGCCAGAUUGUGAGCAGACUAGUUCAAAUUCGUGACUAUAUUGCUAAGGCCAGCUCCAUGCGGGAUGAUCUUGUAGAGAAAAAUGAAAGAUCUGCUAAUGUUGAGCGCUUGUCACAUCUCAUAGACCAUCUUAAAGAACAAGAAAAAUCCUAUCUGAAAUUUUUGCAAAAGAUGCUUGCUAGAGAAAAUGAGGAGGAGGAUGUUCGGACUAUAGAUUCAGCUGUGGGAUCUGGUUCUGUAGCUGAGAGCACAUCGCUAAACAUAGAUGUGCAGUCUGAGGCUUCAGAUACCACGGAAGAAUCUUUUAGUCUGAAAAUUCGGCCCUGCAUUGAGGACAAACUAGGGAAUUCAGCUUCACAAGGACAGGUUUCAGACAUUGACGUUACAAGAAGUCCAAAAGGGAAAGGUGACAGAACUGCUCUGAAUGGCAGGGAAAUCUGGCCUAUUAGGAUUGGAUUACCCUCACAGGCCAGAGACCCCCAGCAGGAGGCUAAAGAGGAGCUAGAGAAUUUGAAGAAGCAACAUGACUUGUUAACAAGGAUGUUACAACAACAGGAACAGCUGAAAGCACUUCAGGGAAGACAAGCUGCUCUUCUUGCUCUGCAGCAUAAAGCAGAGCAGGCAAUUGCUGUUAUGGAUGAUUCUGUUGUAACAGAGACCACAGGUAGCAUUUCAGGAGUAAGUCUUACAUCUGAACUAAAUGAAGAAUUAAAUGACCUAAUCCAGCGUUUUCACAAUCAGCUUCACGAAUCUCAGACUCAACCUGUGCCAGAUAAUCGAAGGCAAGCAGAAAGUCUUUCACUUACUAGAGAGAUUUCACAAAGUAGAAAUUCUUCUGUGUCACAGCACUUAUCUGAUGAGAAAGCUCAACUUUUUAGCAAGAUGAGAAUGUUGCAAGGUAAAAAACAAAAAAUGGACAAGUUGUUAGGAGAACUUCACACACUUCGUGACCAGCAUCUGAACAACUCCUCCUUCUUGCCUGUGUCAGGAUCUCCUCAAAGGAGUAUUGAUCAAAGAAGUACAACUUCAGCUGCCUCUGCUCCUGUAGGCAUAGUAACUGUUGUCAAUGGAGAGUCUAAUAGCCUAGCAUCAUCUGUUCCUUAUCCUCCUGAUUCCAUUGCUUCUCAGAAUGAGAGUGAAGAGGAUGACAAUCUAAACCCAACAGAAAAGCUCCAGAAACUGAAUGAAGUUCGUAAGAGAUUGAAUGAGUUGCGUGAGUUAGUUCAUUACUAUGAACAGACAUCUGAUAUGAUGACUGAUGCCGUGAAUGAAAACACUAAAGAGGACGACACAGGAGAAUCAGAAUGCGAUUCUGAAAAUGAGAAUCCACAACCUGUUACCAAUAUUAGAAACCCCCAGGGAAUUAGUAGCUGGGGUGAAAUAAAUAGCAAUUCCAACAUGCAGUGUGGAACUACUAACAGAGAUGGAAGAUACCUUAAUACAGACUGUGAAAUAAAUAACCGAUCUGCUGCUAACUUAAGGACUUUAAAUAUGUCUUCUACAUUAGAUUGUCGUAAUAGGGACAGUGACAAAGAUAUUGAUAUAUCACAAGGCGGUGAUGAUGAAGUGGAAGAGGACAGAGCCAGUGAAGUUUCUUUAUCUAGCUGCAGAAGCAGUGUAGCUGAUGCUGAUGCUGGAGAUGCUGAGUUUGAGCAGAAGAUCAGUAGACUUAUAGCUGCAAAACAAAAACUUAAACAGUUACAAAAUCUUGUAGCUAUGGUACAGGAUGAUGAGACAGAGCCUGAAGCAACUACAGCUGAUACAGCUAAUGUGGGUGACUUCUUUUUGGCCGAAGUAGAGGAGGUAAAGCAGCAACCAAAUAACAUCAGAGCUAGCACCAACAAAUUGCAGCAAGAUGUGAGACUGAAUGAAAAAGCAAGAGAAAAAUUCUAUGAAGCUAAACUUCAGCAGCAACAGCGGGAACUUAAACAACUUCAAGAAGAAAGAAGGAAACUGAUUGAGAUUCAAGAAAAAAUCCAAGCAUUACAGAAGGCUUGUCCUGACCUUCAAUUGUCAGCUAGUUUGGGGAAUUGCCCAGCAAAUAGACCAGUUUCACCUGCUACUUCAACACCAGCUGUUGAAAGUAGCGCAGCAGGCAAGCCAGUUCUUGAACCUGAAGAAUCGGUAACAGUGGACAAUGAGCUAUGGUCUGAGAUGCGUAGGCAUGAGAUUUUAAGGGAAGAGUUACGACAGAGAAGAAAGCAGCUUGAAGCUUUAAUGGCUGAACAUCAGAGGAGAAGAGAUCUGGCAGAAACCACAUCUACUGUUGCUGCAUCUGUUAAAAGUGAUGGAUCAGAGACCCAAUGUACUCCACAGCAAAGUAGGAUGGAAAAAACAGUGGCAACAUGGGGAGGUUCUACCCAGUGUGCGCUAGAUGAAGAGGAUGGAGAUGGAGAUGGUUAUCUUUCUGAUGGACUUGUUCAGGCAGAAGAGGAGGAGGAAGAGGAAGAACAAGAGUCCAGUUCUAAUGACAAUUUCUCCAUGUAUCCCCAUAACAAUGAUCAAAGUACAUAUUGUGUUAAAGAAAAUAAAGAUAGAUGGAAGAAUCGCCGCCCUCUUUCAGCAGAUGGGAAUUACCGUCCAUUGGCUAAGACAAGACAACAACAGAAUAUUAGCAUGCGGCGGCAAGAAAACCUUAAGUGGAUGUCUGAACUCUCUUAUGUGGAGGAGAAGGAACAAUGGCAAGAGCAGAUUAACCAGUUAAAGAAACAGCUUGAAUUUAGUGUCCGUAUUUGUCAGACCUUGAUGCAGGAUCAGCAGACCCUCUCUUGUCUACUACAGACUCUGCUUACGGGCCCUUAUAGUGUGAUGCCCAGUAAUGUUGCAUCUCCACAAGUGCACCUUAUAAUGCACCAGUUAAACCAAUGCUAUUCUCAGCUGACAUGGCAACAGAAUAAUGUUCAAAGGUUGAAGCAGAUGUUAAAUGAUCUUAUGUACCAACAAGAACAGCAGCAGCAGCAGAAUCCACAAAGAAAGGAAAGAGGCAGCAGUGCGCCACCACCUCCAUCUCCUACAGUAUUUUGUCCUUUCAGUUUUCCUCCUCAACCUAUGAAUCUAUUUAACAUACCUGGAUUUACUAAUUUUUCUUCUUUUGCACCAGGUAUGAACUUCAACCCUAUGUUUCCCUCUGGUUUUGGAGAUUUCGCGCACAAUGUUACCCCACACAACAGUGAGCAGCCGCAGCAGCAACCCCUAGAUCAUAACACUUCUGGAAAAACUGAAUACAUGGCAUUUCCAAAGCCCUUUGAAAGCAGUUCCUCUAUUGGAGCAGAGAAACAAAGGAGUCAGAGACAACCUGAAGAGGAAAUGGAAAACAGAGCAGUUUGGCUAGAUGACAGCCAGGAAAGAAGAAAAGAAAAACAGUCAUUCCUGAAGGCAGGGUUUGCGGUUUCAGUACAAAAUACGGCAUCUGGUAAUCAUAAAAGUCAGUCUGAUACCAGCCGGAGGAGAAGAGAAUUUGAUGAGGAAUCUUUGGAGAGUUUUAGUAGUAUGCCUGAUCCAGUGGAUCCAACUACUGUGACUAAAACAUUUAAAUCUAGAAAAGCAUCAGCCCAGGCCAGCUUGGCAUCUAAAGAUAAAACACCUAAAUCGAAGAAUAAGAGGAGGAGUUCUACUCAGUUAAAAAGCAGAGUUAAAAAUAGUGGUUAUGAAAGUGCCAGCAUUUCUAGUACAUGUGAACCUUGCAAGAGUAAUAGGAGCAGGCGCUCUGUGCACAAUGAAGAGGCUGUUCAAGCAAAAGUGUUCAGCAAAAAGAAUCAAGAACAAUUGGAAAAAAUAAUUAAAUAUAGUAGAUCUACAGAAAUGUCCUCAGCACAUGCUAGGAGAAUACUGCAGCAGUCUAACAGAAAUGCAUGCAUUGAAGCCCCAGAAACUGGUAGCGAUCUUUCCAUGUUCGAAGCUUUGCGAGACACCAUUUAUUCUGAAGUAGCUACUCUGAUAUCUCAAAAUGAAUCUCGUCCACAUUUUCUUAUUGAACUUUUCCAUGAGCUUCAGCUGCUAAAUACAGACUACUUGAGGCAAAGAGCAUUGUAUGCAUUACAGGAUAUAGUGACUAGACAUAUUUCUGAGAACAAUGAAAAAGGAGAAUGCACAAAGUCUUUGAAUUCAGCUACAUGGAUAGCUUCAAACUCUGAACUUACUCCCAGUGAAAGUCUUGCUACAACUGAUGAUGAAACCUUUGAGAAGAACUUUGACACAGGAGCAAGUAGAGAUUGUGAACAAAAUGAUGCGGACAAUGGCAGUACCAUGUCGACAUCUUCAAAUUUUGAACCUUUUGCCACUGAUGAUCUUGGCAACACCGUGAUUCACUUAGAUCAGGCAUUGGCUAGGAUGAGGGAAUAUGAGCGUAUGAAAACUGAAGCUGAAAGUACCCUUGAUUCAGAGGGCUGCUGUAGUAAUCUCCAGAGUGCCUCUGCUGUUAAAUUAGAAGAUCCAUCUACUGGGGAGAGUCACUGUGUGCCACAGCCUAGUGAAGUUUCUACUGUUCCAUGUCCUCGUAUAGAUACUCAGCAGCUUGAUCGGCAGAUUAAAGCAAUUAUGAAAGAGGUCAUCCCUUUUCUGAAGGAACACAUGGAUGAAAUAUGCUCUUCUCAGCUAUUGACAUCAGUAAGACGUAUGGUCCUGACUCUUACACAGCAAAAUGAUGAAAGCAAAGAAUUUGUGAAAUUUUUUCAUAAGCAACUUGGUGGCAUACUGCAGGAUUCACUAGCAAAAUUUGCUGGUAGAAAACUAAAAGAUUGUGGAGAGGAUCUUCUUGUGGAGAUCUCUGAAGUUUUAUUUAAUGAACUAGCCUUCUUUAAACUCAUGAAAGAUUUGGACAGCAACAGUAUUACUGUAAAACAAAGAUGCAAAAGUAAAAUGGAAGCAGCGGGAGUGAUACAACCUUAUGAUAAAGAGGCAAAGAGAGUUCUUGAGGUAGGAGUUAGUUCAUCUGCUGAAGAUAUUGAUGAAGACAAAGACAAGGAUGAGACUGAAACAGUUAAACACACACAAGAAUCAGAAAUAUACAAUGAUGGUGAAGUUCCUCAAAGUAUGAGAUCUGAUGCAUCUGAUCAAGAGGAAGAUGAGGAGAGUGAAGGUUGUCCGGUGUCUAUAAGUUUGUCUAAAGCGGAAACACAAGCUCUAACUAAUUAUGGAAGUGGGGAAGAUGAGAAUGAAGAUGAAGAAAUAGAAGAGUUUGAAGAAGGACCUGUGGAUGUCCAGACUUCACUGCAAGCCAGCAAUGAAACUACAGCUGAAAAUGAUCAAAGACAGAUUCCAACAGAUGAAUCUGAUAAACCAAAUGAAUAUGAGACUUUAUCAACUAAGCAGAAAUCUCUUAGUGCUAAAGAUGAACAAGAUGUGCCUGCUAUUUUGCCUCAUUAUCGCAAUAUGCUGGAGAAUAAGCAACUUCUAACAGUCAGUGCACCUGAGUCUGUUACUGUUACCGAGGUGUCAGCAACAGAAGAGCCAAGCCCUUCCUUACUAGUAAAUGAAAUUCAGAUAUCCGAAACAAUGUGCAUAGAAACCAAAUCCUUAACAGGAAGCCCAGAAAGCUCCAUGGCUGGCAGCCCUGAUACAGAGUCACCUGUGUUAGUGAAUGAAUAUGAAGCUGGGUCCGGAAACAUAAGUCAAAAGUCUGAUGAAGAUGACUUUGUGAAAGUUGAAGACUUGCCCCUUAAACUCACAAUAUAUUCAGAGGCAGAUCUAAUGAAGAAAAUGGUGGCGGAGGCCCAGACUAACACUUUGUCUGAUGCAAUACUAGAUGGUGAUGGAAUGCAAGGUGAAGAAUUAGCUGGAGAUUCUCAAACACUGAAAGAACCUGAAACUGCUGGAGCUCAAAGUGCAUGAAAAAAAAUUCCAGAAACUACUUCUUAGCCCCUCUCCACAUAUACCAUUGCAUAUAGAAAAUUGGCACAAACUUCACUGAAUUUGAAUCUGUAUAAAAAUGUAAAUUAGUUUGACACACUACUGCCUUUAGGAUAGAUAUGCUAACUUCUGCCCAGGGCAGUUUAAACAGCUGUAACUGAAUCCUCUACUGCACUGUUCUUUUUCUGUCUUAAUCUUUUUUAUUCAUUGUGAUUUGUUUAGUAAUUUUAAAAUGUAGUUUUAAAUAAAGGUUGGACUUGUCUGUACA